AGUUGUUUGCGAAACAUUGAUGAGUGCGGUUGUGGUUAAAUCGUCUCGCUUAAGUUGCUGUUAAAAGCUUAUUGCUGCAUGUCAACGAAACUAAAAGUUUAAAUAUGCAUACACUUUAAAAAAAGACGAACGUACUUCGACUUUGGCUGCAGUGCAUAAAAAACAAAUCAGCGUCGCUGCUGCUGCUGCUGUUGCUGCACCUGUUUCCUGCCAACAAACUGCAGCAGAUGCGCACCCCAGUCGGAAAAUACAUACUUACAUAUUACACACAUAUAUAUCACAUUCAUAUUAGCAUUAUGCGGCACGUACGCGCCUUUGGCCACGCAUAAAAAUGAGCAAGUGAAGUGAAGUGCCGAUGAUAAGUUAAGGGCGAAGCAAAAACAUAAAACAUAAAACAUAAAUCAAAUAAAAACCCAUAAAAAAAGAAAACGGCCUUGUGCACUUUUUUUCUUUAGCUGCAAUCCAUCAAAGUUUUGGGAUUAACACACACCAACACACACACACAUACACAAAUUGGAUUACCAAAAAAAAAAAUCAAAUAAUAAUAAGCAGAUAAACAGAAGCUGAACCCAAUUGAACUCGUUUGAAAGCAAAUGACGAGAAAAUGAAUUUUUAGUGCUUCUCAAAUUAAAGAGAAAAAACGUUUAGUGAAACCUCAAUUUCUAAGCGAAUAAGCGGAUAAACUAAGAUGUUGAAGCACGUGCAAAUCUCUCCGUUGAGGAAUCGCUCGGAUUCGCUUUCGCUGCGCUCCUCGAGCAAUGUUUCCUCGUGCGCCAGUUCCAUUUGCGGCAGUCCGGAGCCGCCGCAGGAUAUGCAAAGGACGCCUUCGCGCGCCUCCAGCUAUUCAAGUCUCAACGAGCAGCUGCCUCAGACAACAAUUAAGGUUUACACAAACUGCCUGAAGAUUGACAUUGAAUACAAGACACUGGGCAUUCAGUGGGACACCACCAGCAAGGAGGUGAUUGCUCAGCUGCUGCGACGCCUGAAGAUGCGCCAUCGUGACCCGCGACUCUUCUAUCUGUCCAUGGAGGUGGCUGUCCGGCGAGCUGGUGUGAAGACCAUACUCGUCCUGGACGAGGACACCCGGCCAGCCAUUAUGCAGGCGUGCCAUCCCAAGGGCGAGUCACGCUUCUGCCUGCAACUGAAGCCGGGCGGCCUCAUCCGGGUGCACACCUCGGCGCUCCAGCCGAGCUCCCAGUACAAAUCGCUGGUCAUCAGCGAGCAGACGAGCUGCGAUGAGCUGCUCCAAUUGCUGUUGGGCUGCUACAGUUCGCUGGAGCCCGUCGAGAACUUUGCACUGUACGAGGUGUGUCCGGGGCAGGAGUGUCAGCGCAAAUUGCAUCCCGACGAUCUGCCGCUGCGGGCGCAAGCGGAGCGUCUGCGGCGUGGCGAGAGUUGCCACUUUCUGGUGCGACGCACGCCCAACUAUGCGAGACGCCGUCAACUGUUGGCCAAUCUCAACGUGGCCAUCAAUCAGAGCUAUGAGAGCGAUGUGUCGUCAUCAGUUGUUGUUGCCGGCGCCGCUGUGGAAGAUGCGGAUGCCGAUGUGGAUGUGGAUGCUGUUAGCCUGCUGGAGCUGUCGCUGGAAUCGGAUUUAUCGCUGUCCGAGGAUCUGCGCAGCUGCAGCAGCAGCAGCGAAGAUGCCGAGGAGGAUGAUGAAUGCGCCAGCAGCUCGGGCUCCUCUGACACAUCCACCGAGUGCACGCUGCGUCGCCACUUUAUUCAGCGACACACGCCCACCUCCUCCGCCACGCCCACAGGCAGCACUCGUGCCUACAGUCCGGUCUACAACAUACGCGAAAUUCGCACGGCAACGCAUUCGUUCUCCUCGCUGGGCAAGGACAAGAAACUGCUCGAUAUUCAUAUGAAUGCACGCUAUGCCCCAUCUGGAAUCUACAGUCGCCUGCUGCCCGUCGCCGAGGUGGACAACAUGCUCGAUGUCAAUGGCAACCCAACAGCAACAACAGCAACAUCAGCAGCAGCAGCAGCAGCUACAGCAACAGCAACACCAGCAGCAACAACAACAGCUGAAGCUGUUAACAAUAAUCCGGCGAAGGGUUUGGGCCACUUUGUCUAUUUGUAGCAGUCAAGCUUUGCCUUGUGUACAUAGAGAGCUCUAAAUAAGAAUUAUUAAGAAUUAACCCCCCCAAAAAACGAGUACCGUUUGGACCAAAGAUGCAUUUCUAGACUAAGUUUCAAGCAAUCAAUCAAUCAAUCUCUGUAUAUGUAUUUAGUAAGGCGCCUAUCGACAACUUUUUCGAGUGAAUCUGAAAGAUGUUUAAUCAUAGGUUACAAAAGGAGUCUAUAGCUUAGGGUUUUAGUCUCGCAGCUAAAGCUAACAUAAGUUUAAGAUCAACAAAUCUAACAACUAAGAUACUUGUAGAAACCAAAAGAUAUUCAAAUAAUACCACACACACACACUCACACUUACACUCAAAUGUAUAUUAAAAAACCAAAAACUACAAAAAA